ACGCGAUAUAUAUUCAAAGGCCAAACUUGGACUCCCAGUCACAUAUUAGUAUGACCCGUAUAUGAAGUCGCAUCAUGUCAAGACAUUUUCGGUUUAUCUCUCGUACUGUUUUCGUAAAAAACAACAACUUUGAAAGUGCGUUGACGAAUCUAAACAGGAUAACAAGAAAUGAUAAAAUAGCAGCAGCGAUACGUAGAAAUGAGUACUACAUCAAGCCAUGUGAAAGACGAAAACAAGUCGACCUAGAAAGAGCCAAAAGAAUGUAUGGUGCUGGUAUGGCAAAAAAAGUCAACUUUUUAAUGCGGAAAAGUCGCCCUAAUCCUUUCCCAAGAUGACGAAUAUGGAGUUUUAAUUGUCUUUUUGAAUGGAAAAGUUUAUUUCACUGGAGAGUGAUAGUUCUUUUCAUAACUUUUUGACACAGAAUCCAAAUAAUAAACAAAAUGGCUACAUCAAAGUGUGAAGAGAAUAUUCUGUGCUUGUCAGACACGGGGCAAGCUCAUUAUGUAUAAUAUGUAUGUUGUUUCUCUAGCUCCUUGUGAUUUGUAAAAAAAAAAAAAAAAAAAAAAAAAAAAAAAAAAAAAAAAAAAAUGCAUUUAAAGGUCUUGAAAUGUA